UCAUCUUCAUCUUCAUCUUCUUCUUCUUCUUCUUCUUCUCUCCAUCCUCCUCCUCUCCAUCCUCCUCUUCAUCAUGCCCGCUCCCUCGACCACCCUCUUGAUCGAGGGCUCCUUCUCCGAACUCGCCGAGGAAUUCGCCGUCUAUCUCGAUGCUCUUCGCCAGCCCGACCAGCCCUCGCUCCAGUCCGAACUCACCCCGCUCUUGCAACCCCUCCGUCAACAGGAACAGAAUGAUACCCAGAUCGAUCAGAGUCAGCGGGAUGAGGUGCUGAAAAAGUUGGUCGUGGCGGCCGAUGUCUUGAACACCGCUCCGGAAAAGGAAAUCACCCCCGCCUAUAACCUCCUCAUCCAUCUGGUGCAGCAUGCCUCCGACCCAGACAUGUUCCUCUCGCGCAUCUGUACCUACCUCGCCAAAAAACCCGUCUCCUCCUCCCCCCAGUUCGGCCCCUCCGUCGCCAUCGCCAUCCUGUCCACCAUCUUCAACACCCUCACCCCCUCCGACUCCAGUCGCUUCCAUGUCCUCCUGGCCAUUGUCGCCGUCAUCCGCCAGUCCGCGUCCAGCGUGGCCUUUGACGCCCUGAAGCCGCAAUUGACCGCCCAACUCCCCACCUGGCGCACCGCCUGGGAACUCGACCCCGAAGAGGCCCAGCGCCUGCAUCUGGCCAUCGCCGACGCCGCCCAGGCCGCCGGGGACCUCGACUGGGCCCAGACACACGUCGUCGAGGCCCUGCAGACCAUCCCCGCCGCGGACGCGGCCUCCCCCGCCGCGCGCGAGCUCGCCGUCCGCGCCCUGACCGCCGCCCUCACCCACCCGGCCGUCUUUGAUUUCACGCCGCUGACCGCCGCGGACGCCGUGCAGGCCCUGCGGACCAGCGACGCGGCGCUCUUUGAGCUGCUCGAAAUCUUCACCUCCGACACGCUCGACGCCUACGAGGACUUCCUCGCGGCCACUCCCGUCUCCAGCAUCGUCGUCGCCAACGAUGAUGCCCUGGUGCCACACGCGGACGCCCUGCAGACCAAGAUGCGGCUGCUGACGCUGGCCUCGCUCGCGGCGGCCGCGACCACCACCACCACGGCGUCGGCGCGGUCCCUGUCGUAUGCCACGAUCGCGUCGGCGCUGCGGGUGCCGGCGUCGGAUGUGGAGAAGUGGGUGAUUGACACGAUCCGGGCGGGACUGGUGGAGGGGAAGCUGUCGCAGCUGCGGUCGGAGUUCCUGGUACACCGCGCCACGUACCGGGUGUUUGGCGAGAAGCAGUGGGCCGAGGUGCAGGGCCGGCUGAUGGUGUGGCGCCGGAGCCUGGAACGCGUGCUGGGCGUGGUGCGGAGUGAGCGGGAGCGAUAUGUGCGGGAAGGAAUCCCGGCGGCUGGGACUGAGGAGAAGAACGAGAAGGAGAGGAGCGAGAGAAGCGAGAAGGAGAGGAACGAGAAGAACCGGAUUGAGCGUCGACGUGAGGUAUUAUUAGCCGAGUAGUUUUCUUUUUACUUUCCUUUUCUUUACUUUCCUUUUUUUUCCGAUGAAUCAUACGGAGACAAUGUAAUGACAGUACAAAUCUCUCUCUCUCUCUCUCUC